AUGGGAGGUGUGCAGGCCCCUGCACCCGCUCCAACACGCAACAAUUACAAGAGAUGUGCAAACAACACCAAUAGCAACUGGUGGUUGGACCCUGCGUUGCGCUGGAAUGUUUUUCACUGUAUUGGCCUGUGCGGCACUCUUUUUUUCAAUGGAUAUGACGGAAGCCUUUUCAAUGGUCUGCAGACGAUCGAUGCCUGGCAGGAGUUCUUCCACCACCCCAAGGGCAAUACCCUGGGGCUGAUGAACUCGGCCGCGCUAUUUCCUGGCCUCGUGGCGCCUUAUUUCGCAGAGAUGAUAGCUUCACGAUUUGGCCGUCGUUGGGCUGUCUGGACCGGCAUCGCCAUCAAUAGCGCGGGGGCCAUUGUCAACUCGGCGGCCACGAGUUUGGGCAUGUACAUUGCAGGGCGAGCACUGAUGGGAGUGGGAAUCUCUAUGGGCCUGACCAUUGCGCCGACCCUGCUCCAGGAGUUCGCCCAUCCCCGAUUUCGAGCUCAGAUCGGCAGUUUGUACACGACCAUUUACUACAUCGCCGCUGUGAUCUCGGCCUCAAUCUGCUUAGGUACCCGCAGCCUGAACGGAAGCAAAUCCUGGCGCAUCCCAUGCUACCUACAGCUCGUUGGGCCGGUGGCCACUCUUCUAAUGACGGUGACAAUGCCUGAGUCACCUAGGUGGCUCGCAAAGAACGGCAGGGCCGAGGAGGCUCUCCAGGUCCUGGUCAAAUACCACACAAACGGCGGUGAAGCCGACGAGCUCGUUCUACUCGAGCACCAAGAGAUCUUGAGGACGUUGCAAGCAGAGGCGGAACUCGAGCAGGGAGGUUAUCUGGACUACCUUAAGCCAAAUAACCGCCACCGACUGUUCAUACUCGUCGCUAUCGCCAUCGGUACGAAUUGGGUCGGCAACGGUAUCGUCUCGUACUACUUGUCCCCGAUUCUCAACAACCUGGGGAUCAAGUCCACUCGCCAACAGGCUUGUGUCAACCUUGGCCUCCAAUGCUGGAACUUGGUUGUCUCGACGACCGCCGCCCUGUCGGUCGAAAAAGUCGGACGGCGACCUCUCUGGCUAUUGUCGACCGUCGGCAUGCUCUUUUCAUUCUCCAUCGUCAUGGCGCUCUCGGGCUCCUACGCCAAGGAAGGGACCAAGAGCUUGGGUAUCGCCGUCAUCCCCUUCCUCUUUAUCUACUUCGGCUUCUAUACCAUCGCUUGGACGCCGCUGUCUAAUAUGUACUCGGUCGAGAUCCUGCCGUACACACUACGUACCAAGGGCCAGGCCAUCUACAACAUUGUCCAAGGCUCGGCGAACGCGGUCAACCAGUGGGUGAAUCCCAUCAUCCUGUCCGCCAUCUCCUGGAAGUAUUACGGGGUCUACGUCGCCAUCCUGGCCGUCUACUCAGUUCUUAUCUAUUUUGGCUUCCCCGAAACCAAAGGACUGACGAUCGAAGAGAUCGAUGGCAUCUUCGACGGUAACAAUGCAGUUCGCCGGGCUCGCGCCGCCAUACCUGUCGACGGCGAGGCUGAAGCCGUCACGUUCCACGUGGAAGCGGCCGACAAGUUGACGAGGGAAGAAGGUGCUUAG